CCAUUCCAGAUUUCCAUCUCAAUGAUAAUUGAGACAAACAACUCUACCUAUUCUAAGAGUUCUUCCAUGGCUUUUGCUGUGGUCACCUCUCUGCUAGAAAUAGUAGAGAAACAGCUUUUGCAACCCAAUUCUUCUCUGGUUCUUUACAGCAGAGAAAUGGUUGUGUCUCUGUCCAAAAAGCUCUGUUUUCUGCAAGCCUUUCUGGAGGAAUUCGGGGCGAAAACCUACAAUUCGGAAGCUAAUAGGGAAAGUUUGGAGGCAGAGAUCUUAGAUGUGGCUAUUGAAGCAGAAAGCAAAGUGGAAUCUGAGCUUGGAGAGGUUUAUGUGGUGGCUAACAGGGGAGACUGUGUAGUUUCAGCUUGUCAAAAACUCCAUCAAACCUUGCAGCAAGUAGUAAAAGACUUUGAGGGUAUUGAAGUGAAGAUCUUGAUGGAGAAAAAAAAUACCAAUUCACUUGUUAUUGGUUCAUCACCAGAGAGUUCUGCACAGACUUACCUUACUGGUUCAGUAGGCAGUAUUACAGGCAAUAAUACAUUAGAGCCCGAGAAUUCAGGGAUUGUGGGAUUCAGCAAAGACAUAAAGAAGAUCACUUACAGGCUGAUUCGUCUCCCGAGUGUGAAACGGGAUGUUCUCACACUCGUGGGACUGGGAGGCAUCGGGAAAACAACGUUAGCCAACAUGGUCUACACCUACCCAUCCGUUUCCUCCUACUUUCGCAUUCGAGCAUGGACUGUUGUGUCUAAAGAGCAUAAUGUAAAAGAGAUGCUCGUUUGCCUUUUGGGUUGUAUUGUGCCGAUGACUAGUGAAAUCUCUAACAAAGACGAGGCACAGCUAGCAGGGCAAUUACGCAAAAGUUUGAUGGGUCACAGGUAUUUAAUUGUCUUAGACGACGUAUGGACCACUGCAGCCUGGGAUGCUAUCCGAGGAUGUUUCCCCGAUAAUUCUAAUGGAAGUCGAAUCCUAUUAACCACUAGGUUCACUGAGGUUGCUGUAUACACAAGUGGGUAUAUUCAUGCCAUGAAAGUCCAAACUCAAGAUGAUAGCUGGAAAUUAUUUUCCAGGAAGGUUUUUGGGCUAAAACAAUCUGUUCCUCAAGAAUACAAGUCACUUGGGAAGAGAAUCAUUGAUGGUUGCUAUGGAUUACCUCUAGCAAUUGUUGCCAUGGCUGGGCUUUUAGCUACUGUGAAAGGGUCAAUAGAAAUAUGGAGAGAUGUUGCAGAAAGUUUGUAUGCAAUGGAUAGUGCUGACAAUAGAAUUUCAAGAAUACUCUCAUUAAGUUACAACUAUUUGCCAACUCACUUGAAAGCUUGUCUUCUUUAUUUUGGAGUCUUUCGCGAAGACAGUGAUAUACCUGUUAAGAAGUUGAUAAGCUUAUGGGUUGCAGAGGGAUUUCUAAAGUCGAAGAAGAAGUAUAAGAGUAUGGAGAAACUGGCAGAGAGCUACUUGCAUGAUCUUAUUAAUAGAAGUCUCGUUCAAGCUAAUGAAUUAAGUAUUGAUGGGAAAAUCAAGUCGUGUAAGGUUCAUGAUCGGUUGCAUGAGUUUUGCAUGAGAGAAGCUAAAAAGGAGAACUUCUUGUCGGUCAUCAAUGAAAAUCAUGCUCAAGAAGCCUGUCGUUGGAUAAGCUUUCAGUCAAGAAAUUGGCCCAUCACUCGAGCAAGUUAUGAGAAUUACACCUUCCAUAAAAUCCGUUCCAUUAUAUACUCAGGUAAUAAUGAUUUAUACAUUUCAAAAUGUAGGUUGGUGUACCCACAUUUGAAAUUGUUAAGAGUAUUGGAUUUAUCUUUAGUUAAAUACUCCCACAACAUGCCUAGUGGGAUAGCGGAUUUGAUUCAUUUGAGAUACUUGGCUUUAAACACUAUAGGCUCUCUUUACAAGUUUCGCUUGUUUAAGCUUCAGAAUUUGCAAACUCUUGCUAUUUGUUCAUGGAUGGAAGGGUAUCCUUUGCAAUUGCCAUUUGGUAUAUUAGAUUUACAACAAUUAAGGCACUUGCAUCUUGAAAGGAAAUCUUCACAAUGCCUCCCAAGUUUGGUUCGAGGAAAUGUACUAACUCUUUAUUGGUUGAGAGUUGGUAGCUUAUACGAAAAACCAAACUUUAGAGUGGUUCCAAACUUAAAGGAACUCGGGAUUUACGUUGAAGGUGAAAUGACACCUAGUUGUCUGGAGAGUCUUGUCCAUUUACGUCGACUUGAGAAGUUAAAAUUUGACAUGGGAAGAGUAGAACGCUUUUAUCUCCCUAGCGGUUUUCCACCAAACAUAAAGAAGUUGACAUUUCGUUAUACUUUUCUCCCUUGGGAGGAAAUGAGUAUAAUUGGCCAAUUACCCAACCUUGAAGUGCUUAAAUUAAAAGAUUUUGCCUUUUGUGGCUAAGAAUGGGAGCCAACAAAAAGGGGCUUUCGAGGAUUAAAGGUACUCCUUAUCGAACGAUUGGAUCUCAAACAUUGGAAUGCAAAUGUUGAACACUUUCCCGCUUUGGAGCUUCUAAUCUUGAGACAUUGUUGGGACUUGAAAAGAGUUCCAGUUACCUUUGCAAAUAUUAAAACUCUGAAUUCAAUUGUGAUAGAGGACUGUUAUUCUUCUCUUGUGACUUCUGCACACAAUAUUGCUAACAAGGUCCAAAGAAAGAAAGGCGGUGCACUUCGUAUUCGUGAUCUCGGAACUAAGGUUGAAUUGCCAAUAAUUGAAAAUGACAGAGGAGUUUGUUAGUUUUGUGAUUGGGGAAAAAUAUGUGCUCUGGUUUGAUGAAGAAAAACAAAAGAAAAAGUCUCUUGCUAGUUGCUUCAUUCCCCCAAUGGGCAGUGGAUCCA